CAGCAUACACAUGACAAUGAGAGGGAUUCUUCUAGCAGUCUGCUGUACUAUAGGCCUAACCUGUAAUUUAAUGUUGGGACUUGAGUUAUGCUUUUUAGUCAGGCCAAAUUCUGCCAUCAAAACUUUGAGCCACCCGCAAGAAGCGGACAUUAGUGACUACCUACACAUCCGUUCAACUGUAGCUAUAGGCCUACAAGAAGCGUCAGAUAGCAAUCCUAUAUUUUCUAAAGUGAUUCAAAGCAAACACUCUAACAUAUUUCAGGCGGAAAUAUUACACAGCAGUUCAGUAUCUCGUUCAUCUGAAAUAAAAGAUUUCUUGAACAAAAUUGUUUAUCGUUCUAAAGACAGAGUUGUUGUUACUGAAGAACAACACGCGAGCAGUAGGCGGAUGUUGCAUUCGAUGGGAUCCAAAACACUGACUCUGCCACUACAACUCAACAAAAAUAUAAUUCAGUUACUUCAUCAAAACAAAUUUGGUUUAGAUAUUUUUGAAUCAACUAAACCAAGAGGAUUCAGGCGGACAAGUGAUGCUACAUCACGAACUAUUGGAUAUAUAUCUUUAAAUGCAUAUUUAGCACACAAUAUACAAAGAAGUAAGAGAGGAAUAUUUGCCAAAGAUAUUUUAAAUAAGGAAGGGGUAAAAUCUGAGCUCAGGUCUGUUAGAAGCCUCGGACAGUUGGAGGACUUUAGACAUAUACUAAAAGAAUCAAGUACGCAGCCUAAAUAUGCUAGGAUACAAGCCACCAUUACCAAAAGGAACCAUAUACUGAACACGGUUGAUCUUCACUAUAUUGAUAGGCCUACAUAUAAACAAUAUUCUAUAGUUUCAACGCAAGAAAAUAUACAUAAAAAUUAUCUAAAAAAUGGAGCUACCAUUGUGCGUGGAAAGGAAGACAAUAACAAUUUGUCUGACCACAUCGUCGGCGGACUCCUUUCAUUAAAGAACUUUCAAACUGAUAUGGAAGUGCUAGAUAUUAGGGAAGAGUUAUCGGAACAUGUUACAUUCCAGAAAACGAAACAAGGAAGGUUGUCUUCUCAAGAACUUCUCCCAUCUAAUGCACUUUUAUCAAAAGAGUUAACUGUUGUGAAUGUUACAGAUGGAGUUAGUCAAUCCGAAUUAGAAAUAGUUAAUCAGGAAAAAAUUGACUUAGAACCAACAAAAGAUAUAACAUUCCCUGCAAGAUUGUUAGAUAUUUUAAUUAGAAACGUUGAUGAACUUUAUUCCAUAACAGAUUCAAGCUUCACAAUGUAUCACGAAAAACAUUUCGGAAGUAAAGAUGUUGAUGAGAUCCUUGGACGUGGUAUCCCGGGUAUCGAGUGGCGCCAAUCAGGGCUCCAAAGAUGGCUAAAACCAGUAAGUUUUGGUUUAGGAUAUUAUAACAUAGUACUGUACCUCCGCCAUGGAGGUUAUGUAUUUAUCGCUGUUUGUCUGCCUGCAUGUAUAUUCGUUUGUUAUAAAGAUUAUGCAAAAACUAAUGAAUGGAUCCUCAUAAAAUAUAGUAGAGUGAUACAUAUUAAUCUAAUGAAGAGGUGAUUAAGGUUUGGGGUAAAAAGAUUAAAAGGACAAGAUCAAGAUCAAAGAAAUUCGAAAAAAAACCUUUUAAAACUACCCCUCGAGCAUUAAAAGAAAAUAAUGGAAUCGCCCAUAAACGCCCUGAGUGUAUUAUUGUGUAUUCUUGCACAGGGUGGAGAUAUGUGCACUAUGGGAUAUUUU